UUUCAUUUAUUAUGGCAGGUAAUAAAUUUUUACCGAUAUUAUCACAAAAUUUACUCGAAAUUUUAGAUGAUGAAGAAUAUUAUGAUGUUACAAUAGAAGUUGGUAUCGACCCUUAUGUUAAAAUAUUUCGUUCUCAUAUGGUUAUUUUAAAUUAUCGUUCCCCUUAUUUGAAAAAAAUUUUGUCAACAAAUAAAAAGAAGAAUGAUGGAACGUUAGUACAUAUUAAAUUACCAAAUAUUUCACCUGAAAUUUUCCAAAUAAUUUUAAAGUAUAUUUAUGGAGGAAAACUUUCUUUGGAAGAAUUUGAUGCUUCGUACGUUGUUAAAAUUUUGGUUGCUGCCAGUGAACUAAAUCUUCAGGAAUUAAUACCCUAUACACAAUCAUUUUUGAUUAAUAAUCAAGCAGACUGGAUUGAACAAAAUUUUAUUCCAAUGUAUCAAACUAGUUUUGAGAGUGAUUCUUUCUUAGAACUUCAAAAGUUUUGUACGGAAUUAAUUUCUAAACAAUCGGAAAAAAUUUUUAAUUCACCCGAUUUUACUUCAAUUUCAGAGAGAACUUUGAUUUCUCUUAUUCAACAUGAUGAUCUUCAAAUGGAUGGAAUUCAAGUCUGGGAACAUGUUCUUAAAUGGGGACUCACUCAAAAUCCUGAACUCCCUUCUGAUCCUGCAAACUUUUCAAAAGAUGAUUUCAAUGUUUUAAAGAAUACCUUACAACAAUCUAUUCCUUUUAUUAAAUUCUUUACUUUGUCUUCUAAAGAAUUUAUGGAUAAAGUUUUACCAUAUAAGAAAAUUUUACCGAAGGAAUUAUAUAAGGAAUUAUUGAAAAUUUUUUUGAAUCAUGAUUAUAUGCCAACCGAACCUCAAACGAUCAAAACAAUCAGUUCAAGGGGCGUUAAUUCAAUAGUCAAUUCAAACAAACAGAUUGAAUCAAUUUCAAAAGAUGGUUCAAUGAGUAUAGAUUCGAAAAUUAUUACAAUCCAACAUGCUGAAUUAAUCUCAAAAUGGAUUGAUAG